AUGAUGAUUGCAGAGAGAAAGAGGAAGAAUCAAUAUAGGGGAAUUCGUCAACGUCCUUGGGGGAAAUGGGCAGCUGAAAUCAGGGACCCAAGAAAGGGCGUUCGUGUCUGGCUUGGAACCUUCAACACUGCUGAAGAAGCAACAAAAGCUUAUGAUGCUGAUGCACGGAGGAUUCGUGGCAAUAAAGCCAAGGUGAAUUUCCCUGAAGAAGCUUCCGUGAAACGUUCCAAGUUAAAUCCACUGGGAAAUCGGAAGAUUGUUCAACCCAAUGUUCACAAGUUCAAUGCUGGGAACAAUCAGAACGACCUUCAUUGGCCUAUGGAUCUGGUGGAACAGAAACCCCUAGUUAAUCAGUUUGCUGACAUGGGUUCCUUCCCCGACAGUGGAAAUGGGCUCAGAUCUCUACCUUCGACUGAUAAUGUGACCCUUCGCAAUAACGAUUCGCCCUGUGCUGCAGUGGUCACAAGCAUGAAACCUAAUCCCAAUUGCCAGAAAAUCCCAAUCAAAAUCGCAGAUUUUACCCAAAUUUGCAUCUGA